AUGACUCUCCGGUUACUUCUGUUUCUCCUACUCCACCUGUGGAGUCUUCCUGCUCGUCUCUGCACCUCCCACCUCGCCGCCACCGCCAACCAGUCCCACUUCUUCGAUCUCAUGAGGCAGUUCCUCUCCGGCCCUGCCAUCCACGCCUGGCGUUCCGCCGCCGACGCCGCUCCUUACUGCAACUUCACCGGCAUCUCCUGCGACGGGCGAGGGUUCGUUGAGGCCAUCGACAUAUCCUCAUGGUCACUCAGUGGGCGAUUCCCUUCAGACGUCUGCUCCUACCUUCCUGCCCUCCGGGUCCUCCGUAUCGGCGCCAACAAUCUCCGAGGAGGAUUCCCCGCCGGCGUCCUCAACUGCUCCUUCCUGGAAGAACUCGACGUCAGUUCUUCGGGUCUCAGCGGCGAGUUCCCGGACUUCUCCUCCAUGACCUCUUUACGCGUCCUCGACACCUCCGGCAACGUCUUCAUCGGCUCAUUCCCCACCUCGAUCUUCAAUCUCACCCAAUUGGAGUCCGUCAACUUCAACGAGAACCACGGUUAUGAGCCGUGGAGACUGCCGGAGGAGCUCACCAGGUUGUCAAGGCUGAAGGUUUUGAUCCUAUCGUCCUCCUCGCUGCGGGGAGAGAUCCCUCGGUGGAUCGGGAACAUGACGUCUCUGGUUGACCUCGAGCUCUGCGGGAACUAUCUCAAGGGUCAGAUUCCGGCGACUAUUGGUAAGCUCGCCAAACUGCGGCACCUGGAACUAUACUACAAUCUGCUCGGAGGGGCAAUCCCAUCGGAGAUCGGAAACCUGUCGCAGUUGACCGACUUGGACAUCUCGGUCAACCAGCUCUCCGGGAGCAUUCCAGGGGAGGUCCUGGCGCUGCCUCACCUCCGUGUGGUGCAGUUCUACAGCAACUGCCUCAGAGGGGAGCUGCCCUCCGUCGUGGGAAACUCCACCUCAUUGACUAUCAUCUCUUUGUACCAGAACUUCCUCACGGGUCAACUGCCGGCCACGCUGGGUUCUUCAUCCGAGCUGAUGGUUCUGGAGGUCUCUGAGAAUCGGCUCUCCGGCGGGCUCCCGCCGGAUAUCUGCGCGGGGGGGCGUCUUCAGUACUUCCUCGUUCUUGACAACCAGUUCUCCGGUGAGUUGCCACAGAGCUACGGGAGAUGUGAGUCUCUGCUCCGGUUCCGCGUGAGCUACAACAUGUUGGGCGGCGCCAUACCGGAGGGGCUUCUGGGUCUUCCUCAUAUCUCCAUCCUCGACUUGAGCUUCAACCACUUCGAAGGAAGGAUCUGGAGAACAAUCGGGAACGGCAAGAAUCUGUCUGCCCUAUUUGUUCAGAACAACCGGAUCUCUGGGUCCCUGCCGCCUGAAAUAUCUCGGGCUACUACCUUGACGAAGAUCGAUCUGAGCAACAAUCUUUUGUCAGGAGCCAUUCCAGAAGAGCUCGGAAACCUGAUCGAGCUGAACCAGUUGUCCCUGCAGGGAAACAAACUGGUUUCUUCCAUUCCUAGGUCCCUCUCCGCAUUGAAGAAUCUCAACGUGCUGAACCUCUCCAACAAUCACUUAACUGGGGAGAUCCCCGAGAGUCUCUGUUCUCUGCUACCCAGUUCAAUCGACUUCUCCAAUAACCAGUUCUCUGGUCCCGUUCCCUUGCCUCUGCUAAGGGAAGGCCUCACCGAGAGCUUCGCCGGCAAUCCCGGUCUGUGCCUUCCCACCCACCCCGAUUACUUUAGUUUAGAUAUGGCUCCUUGCCCGCCCCCCAGUAUCCGGAAGCGCCUGAACAACAUCUGGUUCAUCGGUGCCUCUGCUGUGCUCUGCACAAUUGCGACCCUUGUCCUCGUCAAACGCUCGAUUUACAAGAAGGGAGCGAUGGCGAAGCACGACGAAGCCUCCUCUUCUUCAUCCUUAUCCUACGACGUCACGAGCUUCCACAAGGUCAGCUUCCGUCAGCGGGAGAUCGUCGAUUCCCUGGUGGAGAAGAAUAUCGUGGGACAAGGAGGCUCAGGGACUGUAUAUAAGAUUCAACUGAGCAACGGCGACUGGGUGGCCGUGAAGAAGCUAUGGACAAGGAAGGCAACGAAGGACUCACCCUCCGGCAGACUGCCCCUCCAAAGGGAGAUCAAAACGGAAGUGGAGAUGCUGGGUAGCAUUAGGCACAAGAACAUCGUCAAGCUAUACUGCUGCUUCUCGAGCUCCGACUCCAACCUCCUGGUUUACGAGUACAUGUCCAACGGCAACCUGUGGGACGCCCUCCACAACGGGUGGAACUUCCUCGACUGGCGGGCGAGGCACCGAAUUGCUCUGGGGAUUGCUCAGGGCUUGGCCUAUCUGCACCAUGAUCUCUUGCUCCCCAUCGUUCAUCGCGACGUCAAGACCUCCAACAUACUGCUAGAUGCGGAUUUCGAGCCGAAGGUUGCGGAUUUCGGCAUUGCCAAGGUCUUGCAGGCCGGCGGGGAGAAGGAUUCCACGGCUACCAGCGUCGCGGGAACGUAUGGGUACAUGGCCCCGGGUAAUUAUGCCCCAUUUUUUAAACUAUAUCUAGAAAGUUUCUUUUAAGUCGUCGUCAUUUCCUGCAGUAUCCCUCGUCGCGUUGGGAUUAUAAUCUGCAGUGCUUCUGUUUCAUGGUUGUGGCGCCACAGAGUACGCGUACUACUCCAAAGUGACGACCAAGGGAGACGUCUACAGCUUCGGGGUGGUGCUCAUGGAGCUGGUUACAGGAAGGAAGCCGACGGGUGAGGAAUUCGGCGAGAACAGGGACCUCGUCCAGUGGGUCUCGAGCAAGGCGGCGACCAGAGAAGGGGCGGCGCAGGUCUUGGACAAGAGCCUAUCCGCGUGUCCUCUAAGGGCGGAGAUGAUCGGGUCUCUGGGGAUCGCCCUCCGGUGCACCCGCACCGCGCCGGCUCUGCGGCCCUCCAUGAACGAGGUCGUCCAGCUUCUAGCCGAAGCUAGCGCCUGCAGACGCGCUGAAGAGCCCAAGAGGCCGCCGCCGGCGAGGAAAUCCGGCGUAGGAAUCAUUUGA